AUGAAUGAUCAACAAAUAUAUAUAAAUGCAAUAAAUAACAAUCGAAAAGAUGAAGACGCUCUUUAUAAAUUGGCAUUGACAAUUAGUUAUGAACAAUCAAUCAAACUACUAUCAGGCCAAACAAUGAAUAGCAGACAACUUUACAACGAAUCGAUUAUUCUCGAUCCUAAUAACCCAAACCCAUACUACAACUUGGCAAACAUGCUUUGUAUAGAUAAUCAAGAAUCGGUCACUCUUCCAUCUGGCCAAUCAAUGACACAGAGACAACUCUAUCUUAAAGUACUAUCGAUUGACCCGAAUGAUUGUGAUUCAUUAAAUAACCUUUCUGCUUGUCUUGCUCCCAAUGAAACAAUCGCUCUACCUUCUGGCGAGACAGUUACAUCAAGACAAUUGCUAUUAAAAGUUAUAGAUAAGCAACCAAAUUAUAAAUAUUCAUUCUAUCUUCUUUCAAAGUUACUUUCAUCUGACGAAACAAUCACACUCCUCAAUGGUGACACUGUCAAUAGUAAACAAUUACUAUUGAAAGCAAUUGAUUUGGAUCCGAAUUACUCGAUUGCUUAUCAGGCACUUUCAUUUAAGCUUCUUAAAGGACAAUCGAUUGCUUUGCUCAGUGGCGAGUCGAUGACAGGUAAACAGCUAUGUUUGCGCGCAAUACAAGUGGAUCCUCGAAACUCCUCUGCCUACUUCAAUCUUGCAUUGAACAUCGAGCUCUAUGAAACGGUAUUGCUUCCAGAUGGCGAGCAAAUGAGAAAGAAACAACUGUAUCUCAGAGCGAUCGAACUCGAUCCAACCAAUGAAUCUGCACACAACAACUGCGGUAACUGUAUGACUUUCGAUGAAACCGUCUACCAUCCAACGCUUGGAAUCAUAAAUAAACAACAAAUGCUUCUGGAAUGUAUUAGACUCGAUCCAAAUAAAGCGGAACCCUAUUCUAAUCUUGCAAUUCUUAUCUCUAAAGAUGUAAAACUGCCAAAUGGCGAAAAAAUGACAAUUAAACAACUCCUUUUAAAAAGCAUCGAACUUCAACCAGACCGACCACAAUUCUAUAGAAAUCUUGGAUAUUCUCUUGUGAACAAAGAGAAAAUCAUCUUACCAAAUGGUAAAGAAAUGAAUAGGAGACAAAUACUUCAAAAAGCAAACCAACUCAAACAAAGUUAA